AUGCCACUAAAUCGCACUCCCCCACCCUCUUCAUCCCCUAACUUACAACAUCACGCUUCGGAACCUAAUAUUUCGAUGCAAAAAGAAGAAGCUGGUUGUAGUGACAUCUCUCAGCUGAACAUCACACUGCGGAACAAGCGGAAACACGACACGGAACAGGAUUAUUUAAAGUCUAUAAAAAAUGAUUUAAUGAUAAUGUUUGAGAAAUGGUCGUCGAAACAGGACUCUAGACUUUCUAUUAUUUUAGACUCAAUCGCCGAGCUCAGGACCCAAAAUACUGAAAUAAAAGCAGCAGUUGAAUUUAUGUCAGAAAAAUAUGACCAAGUGCUCUUGAAAUUAAAAAUAUUGGAAGAGGAAAAAAUAGAAUGUAAAAAAUAUGUACAAAGCUUAGAAAACAGGAUCGAGAGCUUGGAAAGAAACUCGAGGGCUUCUUCUAUUGAGAUAAAGAAUAUACCGUACGAUACUAAAGAAUCGAAGGAGUCUCUUUGCAAGAUUGUAGAAAAGACUGCUAAUGUAUUAAAUCUUAAUCUGCAACGGUUUGAUAUCAAAAAUAUAUACAGAAUUAAUACAAAAAAGGAAAAUAAGCCAAUUAUUUGUGAGUUCUCCACAGUUAUAGUGAAAGAUAAAUUUCUUAAUUCUUUAAAAAAAUAUAAUAGGGCGAAUAAUAUUAAACUUAAUACACAAAAUUUUAAUAAAGAUUCGGCUUUUAAGCAAAUAUUUAUAACAGAGAACCUCACACAAACUGGAAGAAGACUAUUUUUUAUGGCACGUGAGUCAGCCAAGAAAAAGGAAUAUCUUUUUUGCUGGACAUCCUCAGGAAAGAUCUUUCUCCGUAAAAAGGAGGGUUCACCGCAUAUUAUUAUUAAUAACGAGAGUGACCUAGAGAAUAUUAAA